UUAUCAAAAAUUUAAAUUAUUAUUAACAGUUACUGUACUCUGUACUGUUUGUGUCAACAUUUGGCUGAAGUCCUGUCAGUACUCGGUACUCCGGGCCUACCGUAGAAUAAUAAAAUAAUUCUCUCAUAGAAGUAAGAUAAGAUUUUAAUAAAAUUUAAACAGUAUUAACUUUUUGUUGACAAUUACUAGGCCGAACGGCUAAUGAACUGAUAAGUGGCGAAAAUUAUAGAUAGAAGACUCGGACUCGGUGAGGCCAACAUACUACAGAGAUCAGCUGAGCGGGUGACUACAGUACUGUACUGGAAAUAGACUUUGAUCAUUGAUGUGACGAGAUAACAUCGAACAGAGCCGGCAGUCAGUGUUCAAGUGUGAUGAUCAGCACGUGUUGUGUCUUAAGAACUUGUGUGAUUGAUACUACACCAAUUAAAUAAUCGUCGUCCAAAGAGCGCAGGUAACUUUUGAGAUUCCUGAAGGAACGCUCACAUUCGCACAAGGCAACUGGUAAGGUUCUGUGCUUGACGAUGCCUCCUCCUCGCCCGUCUCGUUAUGACUCGUGGGUGUUGGAGGUCAUUGAUGCCGUCACCUGCAUCUUGAUGUAUCCGUUCCUUCAAAUUACUUCCCUUGGGGCCUCACACUGCGUGCUCAUCACAGCUGACAAUGCUUCAUUACCAUAUCACAUUCUCAGGUGUCUCGUUAUGGGUCCAAUUAGUCUUGUGUUAGCAUUCGUGUUCGCUCCACUCGUUUUCAUCGGCUACGUUCUCUGGGUGCUUCUCAACAAGUUUGCCGAUGUUCAGCCUUUCUACUAUGUUUCUCCAAGUUGCCAGCAACCCAGUGUGUAUAAGGAAGGGUCAGAAUGUGCAUCCAAGUUUACCUUCUGUUCUGCUAAUGUCCUCCUGAGCUCAAAGAUUGUAGAGUGCAUCAACAAUGUCAGAUGUGGGUCAGGGCGGGUGCACAAGAUAGCUAGAGGCCUCCUUCAACAAGAUCCAUCAUUAAAUGACUCCAGGAAUCUCCAUCCUCCAACUAAAAGGGAAAAUAUUGUUCAGAGUAAGCUUCCAGAGGUUGAUGUGAUCAUCCUGCAGGAAGUGCUUGAGAGAUCUCGUGCCAAGCAACUGAUAAAAUACUUUGAAAGUAAAUACCCGUACUGCAUUUAUGAUGUUAGCGUCCACAGCAUGACAACCAACCUAUGUGCUGUUGGAAGCGGCCUCUUCCUAGCGUCUCGAUACCCAGUUUUAGAAGCAACUUUCCAUCCCUUCACUUAUAAAACCCAUUAUGGUAUAUUUGUGUGUUAUGGAAUUUUGUUGACAAAGCUUGACUUGGGCAUACUAACAGAAAAUAGUGAGGCAGUACGUGGUGUUGGUUAUGUUACCAACAUACACACGCAGGCAUAUCAAGGCAAAGAACAAGUUCUGAAGCAUCAGCUGGAGGAGGUGCGACAACGGGUGAAGAGUUACAUCAGUAACACCCACAAUCCCCAGAAUGAAGUUGUGGUGUUCUCUGUUAUAGGUGGAGACUUUAACUGUGACAACAUGUCCCCAGGAGAUGCUGGGACUCAAGACCUACCUCUGUGGGAUGAGUACAAGGACCCUUGCCGGGAGUGUGCGGGAACAGACAAGCCUUGGACGGUUGGCACAGAACACCGCCAGCGUCGUCUUCAUGACCCAGUCCUAGAGAAGCCAGAAAUAUUCAGAGAUAUUCUGCUUGAUGACGUUCAACGUAGAAUAUUCAUGCUUGAUGCCAACAUCAAGGAACAGACCUUGGAGUUGAUGUGGGUUAACCCCAAGCCAGGUCCAUCAGGAAUGGUGGAAGCCAUAAAAGAAGGUGGUCGACGGAGAAUAGAUCACCUGAUACUGAGAAAUGGUGACAUGGUCAAGCCCACUGCCUUUUGGUUUAGCACUGUCAUUGGUGGACUGUCAGACCAUAUGCCUGUGGCUCUAACUGUUGAAAGGAAGUUGUAGAGAUGUUUUAAACUAAGCUAUUCUGUGAUAUCAGAUGAGCUCCAUGUAAGGCCGUAACCAAUUUAUUUAUAUAUUUAUUUUAUUAUUUUUUUUUUUUUUUACUGUGGUGUUGGGGGGGCUAAUGUUGAUAUUGUCUUUUCCUUUCUUGCACACACAUAUCUUUUAUUUAUUGAGUGACUUUGGCUCAGGAUCUUGGCUUAUGGUUACACACCUAAAUGAAUUGAUGACACUGGCUCUUAUAGCACUGAAAAAUAACUGAUUUGGAGUGCAGCCCUACCCUUAUAAAAUUGGAUUUUCUGUUAUUGACCUUUCUACUUUUUAUUUACCAGCCCGAGAAAUAUAGUACAGUAUAUGUCAUUGCACCCUGUGGAUUUUGUCUGUGCAUUCACAAAUGUAUUUACAAGAGUGUAUUAGGGCAUAUACGAGUAUGUACAAUUGUAGGCCUGCCUACCUCUGGCUCAUCUGGGAGUCGCAUCGGUACUUACCAUAGUCAUGUAUAUAUCAAUAGACUAUACUAACUACAACGACCUUAGCCCGCCAUAACCGUAAUAUUUAAUAUAUUUCAAUAGUACAGUAUUACAAAAUAAAUUAAUAAAAGACAAUAUAAUUAAAGUACAGUACUCUAUUUCCAGUUUGAGCAUAAGAAUAGUACACUAAAUUUUACUUUGUGUGAUCCGUAAAUAGUACUGGAGGUAUCAAGCGACUACCUCUAACUAUGUAGUACUGACGCCAGAUAUCACCAUGGGCUCCGACUCCGAGGUCUGAGAAAGUUAGUUAAAAUAGAUUUUAUUUUAUGCAGCAAUGGAAGCAGGCAAUGAGGUGAGGUCGGAUGGAAUCAAGGUUGUGAAUGCGUGUCAGCAGUGUUAUGCGACACAUUCUCGUAAAUUAAUGGGAAGGGGGGGGAGUCUAUAGUUCACAACAUGAUCAUCUUUAGUUUUAAUGUUUUUAUUUAAUCUCAAGAAAUAAAUAAUGUGAGGACAAAAACAUAUAUGAUUCAGUAGAUAUUUAUAAGCACCUCAGAUAACAUUACUCAGUUGAGUGUCCAUUUCGGAAGCUAGUGGAUGCCCACCUCAUGGGAUGUCACAGCCUCAGGUUAAAGAAAUUUUAGUUACAGAAAACUGUCUGAGUGAACUUUUUUUAGAGUAAGAGUUGUAAAUUCUUGUAAUAACCAGCCAGAGAGUUUUGUGAUAUGACCAAGUGUAAGUUCAUUUUUUACCUGACUUGGUCAACACUGGCUCGGCACUUACUAACAGUUUGUACAGAGACAAUUUUUUCCAUGAAUGAAACAAAAGCCAUCCUGGAUGUAAACAAGAAUGCAUAUGUUCAGGAUGGAAAUAAUUUAGUCCUACCCAGUUUGGGGGCUUUUCACGGGGUAAGAAAGCAUUUUUUAUCGUAUAUUGUACAGAAAAAUUUACUCAAGUUGUGCAAACAAUCACCCGUAAUUGCGGAUUUGGCAUACAACCAACUUGGUUCCUGACCCUUUAAGUACAGGCAGUCCCCGGGUUAUGAACUAGUUUGUUCCUGGGCACGUUCUUAAGUCAAAAAUAUACUUAAGUCAAAGCACAUGCUAUUGUGCAUACCUUACUUACAGAACAAUGUUAAAAUCCCACUACUGUAUAUCAUAGCCUAAGUCCUUAUAUACAUCUAAAGUCACUUAAUUUAAGAGAAAAGAAGAAAUAGAAUGACAAAAUACAGUAAAUUAAAGUAACAAAUAAGUCAUCAGGUAAAUAGAAUACUGUAAAUUUAAAGUUUAAUCUCAUUCAUAUCUUCUGAUGUUCGUAAGUCAGACGUUCGUAACCCGAGACUACCUGUGUACUGCAUAGAGAAAUGGUAGUAAUUUAGGAUAGCUGUGUAAUAGUAAAUAAAUCAUGAAGUAACCCAAGACUACUGUAUCAUGUAAACUCAAACAAAGAGAGAUAAACUUCAACCAAGCUUAGGGUUUUGGAACUUGUUUAAAUAUAAUAGUAUUCAUACAAAGUAAAAAUAUGACCUUUAUUGAGGUAGCACAUGGACUACUAAUUAUGCAUUUUGUGUCAGGAACUCUUCUACCACAUGAACCAUUUCUUAUGAGAAUUGUGUCAAGAAGAUGCUACAAAAACCAUGUUGUGUAUUUAAUUAAUCUUUUGCAUUCUGCUUGGUGGUGUACAAAAUAUUUCCCCCACAUAACACUGUUUUUUUUUUUUUUUUUUUUUAAGGGUUUCAGUCAUUAUCUUGUAUUUUCUGUUAUUUUUCUGAAAUAUUCUGUAUUGUAUUUUUUUUAAGUAUUUUGUUUAUAAAAAUGUAAUACUUUCUAUAAAUGAUGU